UGAUAAUUCAUUGAAGGAAUACAUGCAGAGAUAAAUAAUGAUUAAAGAAACUUAUAAGGAUUUGAACUAUGUUAAAAUGAUGAAAAAGAUUAUGUGGCCGACCGGAUUUUGGCCAGGGGAGGCUCUCGGGGAAAAAGUCCCCCUUCUAGUCAAAUGGCACAAAAUCCAAAUGACCCUACAAAACAUUGUUGGCUUUAUCGGACAAGUAAACUAUAUCGUAGUGUUCUUCGAUCAGAUCCCAUUUCUUGAUGCUGGACAACUUUACAUCACUGCAUCUCUAACUUUCACAAUGAUGGCUAGAUGCUGUCUGAUAAGUCUACAGAAAUACCAAAGUAUAUUGAAACUAUUUUUUACGGAGUUUCAUUUGAUUAAUCAUAAACACUCCAGUGGCUAUGAAGCAGAGGUUUUCACAAAGAUAAACAAGUUUUCAUACUUCUGUACUGUAUACCACAUGGCAAUGAUUCUCAUUGUGCCCCCUGCGUUCAAUGCAUUGCCAAUUUACACAAGUUACAAGGCCGGAGCGUUCCGCAGUAGAAGCCUCGAAGGCAUCGAUGUUGAGUUGGCCGUCUACUACCACUACCCUGGCUUCAACUGCCUCGACUACUUCUAUAUCUUGUCCUUUGUCAACAUCUAUUUCACAUUCAUCGGAUGCGUCGCCGUAUUUUGUGUCGACUUACUUCUCGCUCUCAUUGUGUUUCAAAUCAUUGGGCACAUUCAGAUAUUGAAACACAAUUUGGAAAAUCUUCCGCGGCCUAAACAAGAAACUGUAGUUUUGGUGCCGGGUCGCAAUGAGAACGUUAGCAUGAACUGGUAUGACGAUGGCGAAAAUAAAUAUAUUAAUAAUGUUAUUGUUGAAAUGAUUAAACACCACAAAUUCAUAAUACGAUUUGUGGAUGAGGUAUCGUCAUUCUUUGGUCCUAUUCUGGGUUUAAACUACAUGUUCCACUUGGUCAACCAAUGCGUAUUGCUGCUUGCAUGUAUACGCUGCGAACAAGAUGCGUUGGUGCGUAAUCUAUGCCUUCUUGGAGGGUCUAUGGGAAACCUUCUCGUGACUUCCAUCACUUUCGAGGUAGUUGGUGCAUACAGUGAAAAACUCAUUGAUGCAGUAUAUGGAAUGCCCUGGGAGUGCAUGAAUGUCAGUAAUCGCAAAUAUUUGAUGCUUUUUUUGAGUCGAGUUCAAGACCCCAUCAGAGUGACUACUAUGGGUGUGGUGUCAGUCGGAGUACAGACUAUGGGGGCGAUUCUAAGGACCAGUUUCUCUUAUUGCUCUUUCUUGCUGACCAUAGAGUGAAGAAAUAGUACAGAAACAGUAAAUAUAUAUUAUUUUAAUCGCAAUUGUAACUUAUCAAAAC